AUGCCAAUUCAUUCGCAAUACCCUCCAAUUACGGUCUCUCCGCUAGACUUGUGGGCAUUUUUCUUCGACAAUGCGGACCGCGAAUUUCCAGACGACCACGUCGUAUACGUUGACACUGCAGCAAACAAAAGGCUUGCCUUUCGUAACAUACAAGCUACUGCUGAGCAGUUCGGACAAGGUCUAUUGGCAAACUGGGGAUGGCAAAGAGGAGACAUUCUCGCUUUGAUCACACCUAAUUCUGUCAACGUCGCCUCUGUCACGUGUGGUGCACUGUAUGCAGGAGGCGUGGUGUGUGCGUUGAACCAUCUCUCCACAGCGGUCGAGCUGGCUCAAUCCUUGAAAGCAUCGAAUGCUAAAGCCCUGGUAACCAACUUUGAGUGCCUGGAGGCUGUGCGAGAAGCUGCGAACAUCGUCGGCAUGUCGAACGACAGAAUUCUGCUGAUUGAUGAGACCGACUCGAAACACGAAUUUCAGCACUUCACCAGCAUACGCAGCUCGUUCCCACGCUUGAAAAGGCCAGAGAUCAAGCCCGAAAGGGACCUGGCUUUUCUCGUGUACUCGUCAGGAACUACGGGUCUGCCAAAGGGUGUCAUGCUGACACAUGCGAAUAUCACGGCCAAUUUGUUACAGACGACGGAGACGGAGGGAAAUUUCUCGCACUGGACACGGGACAAGUCUCUUGGGUUUCUACCCAUGUAUCACAUAUAUGGAAUGGCGGUCUUGGUUCUAUCGCCGUUGUACCGAGGCGUCACAACAUUUAUCAUGCAGCGCUUCGAUCUCAACAAUUUCUGCAGGAUCGUCCAAGACGAUGGAAUUACAAUAGCGUACAUAGUUCCGCCAGUUGCGCUCGCCCUUGCCAAGAGUCCUCUCGUCGAUAAUUACAAUCUCGAGUCCCUGCGAAUGCUAAACUCGGCUGCAGCUCCCGCGCCCAAGGAGGUGAUUGAGGGCAUCUAUCGCCGCCUUGGAGUUCCUACCAAACAGGCGUACGGAUUGACAGAAGCAUCGCCCGCCGUUGCUUCACAAGCGGCAGAGGAGUGGAACAAGCCAAUCGGAAGCAGUGGCCGCCUCACGGCUAGCAUGUCUAUGAAAGUUAUACAAGAUGGCCAAGAGAUGGGCCGCGGUAAGACUGGAGAGAUUUGGCUUCGUGGACCAAACAUUUUCAAAGGAUACUACAACAAUCCUACAGCAACAUCCGAUGCUAUUGAUGCUGGGGGCUGGUAUCGUACCGGAGAUAUUGGACACGUCGAUGAGAACGACAACAUAUUCAUCACUGACCGACUAAAGGAGCUCAUCAAGUACAACGGAUUUCAGGUUCCGCCGGCGCAGCUUGAGGCUCUGUUGCUGAAACACCCAGCAGUUGCGGACGUGGCGGUGAUUGGAAUAUACGCCGCAGCAAGAGCCACAGAAUUGCCGCGAGCAUACAUUGUGUUGGCCGGUGGACUGGAAGGUGACGAGAAAAUGGAACAGGAUCUCCACGAAUGGUUCAAUAAACAGGUGGUGCCACACAAAAGGCUGCGUGGGGGGAUCAGAUUCGUAAUGACAAUUCCGAAGAGCAACACCGGCAAGAUUCUUCGGCGGGUACUUAUGGAAGAAGCAAAGAAGGAACAGGAGGGCACACCCGUGAAAGCUCUUUUGUAA